UAUUGCGCCUAACUUCACGAAUGAUAUUCCAAGUUGACAUUUAAGUUGUAGUAGAGUAGAUACAAAGGGAAUGUUAAAUUAAUAUAAAUGAAAACAUAAAACAAACAAGACACUCAGCUUUAUUUCGAUUAUAUGUGAUCAGAAAACUACACUUAACGAACACCCUGAAAUCCCAAAUUUCUUUCAGGCCGCAAUAAACAUGUCGUCCGGACGUCCGAUUAAAUGUGUGGUGGUCGGAGACGGUACCGUAGGAAAAACGUGCAUGUUAAUAUCAUACACCACAGACAGUUUUCCUGGUGAAUAUGUCCCCACUGUUUUCGAUAAUUAUUCUGCCCCAAUGGUAGUUGAUGGAAUAUCAGUCAGUUUAGGCUUGUGGGAUACGGCAGGACAAGAAGAUUAUGAUAGAUUAAGGCCUUUGUCUUAUCCACAAACGGAUGUAUUUUUAAUAUGCUUUAGUGUAGCCUCACCUUCCUCAUUUGAAAAUGUUACUUCCAAAUGGUAUCCAGAAAUUAAACAUCAUUGUCCUGAUGCACCCAUGAUAUUAGUUGGAACGAAAAUAGAUCUUAGGGACGACCGUGAGACCCUCAACGCUCUAGCAGACCAGGGUUUGAGUCCCAUAAAACGGGAGCAGGGCCAGAAGCUGGCAAACAAAGUGAGAGCAGUAAAAUACAUGGAGUGUUCGGCAUUGACGCAACGGGGAUUGAAACAAGUUUUCGACGAAGCCGUCAGAGCGGUACUGAGACCCGAGCCACAGAAAAGGCGUCAACGCAAGUGUCUUCUCAUGUAGAUUGUUUUUAUUUUUAAUUUAGUUUCCUACUUACAACGGAACUGAUGCAACUGGAUUUAGCGUUUUAGUUUGGUAAAUGCGAUACGGAUUUGCCAAACUAGAAAAACACUGAGGCAUUUAAGAGUCAAUAUGCAAAUGUUUUACAAUUUUUUAUAUUAUUUAUGUUUACUUAUUCUACAACGAAUAAUGAAUUUCAUCAUUAAAAAAUCAAAUCAAAACAAAAAAAAAACAAACAUUAAUACCAUAAUUUAAUCAAAACUCACACAUUGAAUUCGUUAUUCACAUUAAUAUGCCUUAUUAAGUGAAAACUCAUUAAAAAUACUCAUUUGUACAUCAUAUAUUAUUGUUUGUCAUGAUACACUGUACAUUGUUUUUUUUUGUAUUUAUUUAUCAACUAUUCCAUCCUGAUUCACUAAUUCUUUUCAUUUGUUCAAAAAAACUAAAUUAACUUUAACAUUGAUGUGAAAUUGCCUGUUCAAUGCUUUUAAAAACUCGAAUUUGUAUGUUUGAUCUCGAUUAUUUAGACUUGGAGGUUGAAAACUCAUGUUUGUUCAUUUAAAGCAGUGAAUUAAAUGUAAUGCCAAAGAAACUAAUUACUGCCGAAAAUUUGAUAUUUUUAUGAGUCUGAUGUUAGUAAUACUUUAUUAAUAUAAAAGGAUAAACUCUGAUCAUUUUCUUAAACUAUCAAUUUUACGACAGGAACCGUCUUCCAAAUUAGUUUCCUUUAAUUGUUAACUUUGAUCAGAGUUUGUUUGAUGUUGCAUUGAACACGCAGAAGUAUUUUCUAGUCAUUUAAGAUUGUUUUGAUUUUUAUCGGUAUUUUUUACAAUAGAAAAGAAUAGUGACUUUUAGACUGGCUAAAACGUGUUUGCUUUUACCUAAAUAAAAAUAUUUUUAUAUGUCAAUUAAAUUGAAUUAACGAACUCUAGGAUAAAACUCUUCGUUUAUGAGACUUAUUUGUGCCAUUCUCACAGUCUUGUUUUAUGUAGCUAUUUGUUCAAAUUACUUCUUGUUUAAUUAAAUGAUCAUGUAUGUGUAUCCAAUACAAUAAUGUUAGGAUAAUUAGUAGUUUGCUUUACAAAUUAUGUAUUAGUUGUAGAUGUAAUCAAAAGCAGCUAAACACUGUUUAAUAAUAUAAACCAUAUAUAUUUUUUAGUAUGCUACUUUUAUAUCUUGAAUUAUAUUUACUAAUUUUUCUACUAACAAAUACGUUCUCGUAAGACCAAAGUAAUGAUAAGUUCUAGUCACAUUUCAAUUGUACUGCACAAUAUUUUUCAUCAUACAGAAAUUUUGGUGUUUACAUUUUAAUGUAAAUCACAUAUUACAAAACAAAUAAAAUUGAAAUAACUUA